GUCACCCUGUACUCCAUUCAUCAUGCAUGUCAUGUCCUGAUCUUAGCCUCGGAAUGUGCGACUAGGCCUAAAUACUAUCAAAAUAAUCUUUUCUGUCUUCUCACUUUGUGGGUAAUUUUCCAAAAUUUAUAGUUUAUGUAUGUGCGUCGGUGAACAUGGAAUUUCUGCCAGGAACAGCGAGUCUUAUUGCAGAAAUUGAUAAGAAAAUUCUAGUUGUUCUACGAGAUGGCAGGACUUUGAUUGGCUACUUGCGCAGCAUUGAUCAGUUUGCCAACCUUGCACUUCACCGGACGAUUGAGCGUAUCCAUGUGGGCAAGCAGUAUGGAGACAUCCCUCGAGGUGUCUUUGUGGUCAGAGGAGAAAAUGUGAUGCUCAUUGGGGAGAUUGACCUGGAAAAUGAAGGCUCACUCCCCCUUGAGCAGGUCUCCAUUGAUGAGAUUCUGGAGGCACAGAGGGCCGAGCAGCUCAAGAAACAAGAAGAGGAAAAGACAAGAAAUAAGAAGCUACUCGAAAGAGGUUUGCAACCUCACGCAGAUACGACACAUGAGGAGUUUGCAUAGCAAGAUGCAAUCUACAUGCAGCAAGAUGCAACCUCGGACAGAUACUACAUGUGAGGAGUUUGCAUAGUAUUCCUGCACAGACAGUGUACUGGUAUGGGAACCUAACAUUAUGUGAUUCGAACGUGAAGUCUUAACCUCAUAUGAGGUUUUGCAUUGCAAGAUAGUGGACCAUUUGAAGAACGCAUACACAGUAAGGAUGAAACAAUGUAGUGACGGUGCUUGAGCAUGAUAUAUGCUUAGGUAAUAAAAGGACCGCUUACAUGUAUGAGAAUCUCAUAUGUUAUACAUGCAUCUAUUGAUGGCCAAACAAGACACUCUUAACGUUUUCUUAUUGUGCUCCAAGGAGACAAGGGAGAUUUAUUAAAAGAACAUAACAGAAUUGGAUACAAGUAUGACGACAGGAUUUUGGCCAACCUUGCUUAACCCAAACUCCCUAGCAUGAUUUACUAGGAACCAUACCCAUCCUGGCAAAUUCCAUGGGAAACUGCGCACAUAUAUUUCUGACUUUGAUUCUGGAGGUGUGCCAACCCAAUGUAAAAGACUGUCAGUUUAGGGGUACUGUACCCAUCCUGACAGAUUCCAACAAAACAUGCCAUUGGAGUUUGAUGGGUCGAGUUCUGUUGGGGUUAAUAAAUGAAAUAUGUGCCAUUUUGUCAAAGAAAUAACAUUUUAAUAGAUGGACUAUCAUCAAAUCCAACAGAAAUUGAGGUGCUUGAAACCAAUUUUGCAUCUAUAGACAGUACAUUAUGGGGUUUGCAUAUUAGCAUUAGCAGGGAACACAUCCUUUAUGAGCGAGGAGACAUUGUGACUAACUCUCAACGCUAGAAAAGAAAGAAAAUGCAGUGUGUUUGAAAAGGCUAUGAGGCUACUUGUUUUUCCUGGCAAUUCUGUAUGGAACUGGGUUUUGAGGCUAGAGUUAUGAGGUUUGGAACCUCAGGCAUUCUAUGGAUACAUAAAGAGUCCUUUCUACAGAAUCAAUGCAUUCAAGUGCUAUCUUCUGGAUUCCAAAGCCUGAGUCAGUUCCCCUGUGUGGUUAAUUCAGUAAUUACUAAAAGAUAAUAUAAGGGGUGGGGAUAAAUAAGUUUGAAUGGAGAUGUUGCACAAAGCAUAUUACCUUGUUUAAUUGCACACAUGAACAAAAUGGAGACAUACUUCUGUGUGAACUUUAAAAGUUUAUUCCCAGAAAAGGAAGAUAUUUUAUUUAACGUCAUAUCAGCUGCUUUGAACACCAAAUCAAAUCUUUCUUUCCUAAAUUUCAUUUAUAUUGCAUCGAAGUUCACUGAAUAAUUUAGUCUGUUUUCUCUCUGAUAUUUUUUUUGAAAAAGGAGUUUCAAAGAAAGCCGUUUGUUACAAGCAAUGUUGACAAGUACAUUUUGUACAAUUAACAAGUAGAAAAUAUGAAAA